UCCACUGAAGUGGGAGUGGUCUCUGGUCAUCACCUGUACUGUGUCCACAGUCUCUGGUCAUCUCCUGUACUGUGUCCGCAGUCUCUGGUCAUCUCCUGUACUAUGUCCGCAGUCUCUGAUCAUCUCCUGUACUAUGUCCGCAGUCUCUGAUCAUCCCCUAUACUGUGUCCGCAGUCUCUGGUCAUCUCCUGUACUGUGUCCACAGUCUCUGGUCAUCUCCUGUACUGUGUCCACAGUCUCUGGUCAUCCCCUGUACUGUGUCCGCAGUCUCUGGUCAUCUCCUGUACUAUGUCCGCAGUCUCUGGUCAUCUCCUGUACUAUGUCCGCAGUCUCUGGUCAUCUCCUGUACUAUGUCCGCAGUCUCUGAUCAUCCCCUGUACUGUGUCCGCAGUCUCUGGUCAUCCCCUGUACUGUGUCCGCAGUCUCUGGUCAUCUCCUGUACUGUGUCCGCAGUCUCUGGUCAUCCCCUGUACUGUGUCCGCAGUCUCUGGUCAUCUCCUGUACUGUGUCCGCAGUCUCUGGUCAUCUCCU